CACCACCGGCCCAACCAUCCAGAGUCAUUUUACUCCACCUUGGGUAUGGCUUGUGCGGCUUGGCUCCAGCCAUUGUCCUCAUCCCACGCUCUCUUUCCAACUCUCUGCCGCCGGCCGACUUUUCCCCCCAUCUUCCACCGGCUCACUCGUUUCUCCUCAACCGUCCGGCUAGUAUCCACCAUGAACCGGUCGACUCCGGUCCACGCUCAGGCCAAACGAGGCUUCUCAGUCAAAGAAGACGAAGUGGCCACUGCUGCUGACGUUGAAUUUGAGACGCCUCUGAAAAUCGUGGAAUAUCCGGACCCUAUACUGAGAGCGAAGAACAAGAGAAUCGAUUCGUUCGACGAAAAUUUGAAGAUUUUGGUAGACGAAAUGUUUGAUAUAAUGUACAAAACCGAUGGCAUAGGGCUCUCGGCGCCCCAAGUAGGGAUCAAUGUGCAGCUCAUGGUGUUCAAUCCAGUUGGUGAGCGUGGCGAAGGGGAGGAAAUUGUGCUUGUGAAUCCAAGGGUUUCCAGAUAUUCCCAGAAAACGCGACCCUUUAACGAGGGUUGCUUAUCCUUCCCGGGGAUUUAUGCUGAUGUUGUGAGACCAGAAUCUGUGAAAAUAGAUGCACGGGACAUCAACGGUGCAAGGUUUACAGUCAACUUGUCGGGUCUUCCAGCGCGGGUGUUCCAGCAUGAAUUUGACCAUUUGCAGGGUAUUCUCUUCUUUGAUAGAAUGAGUGAAGGAGUUCUUGAAACCAUUUGUGCACAGCUACAGACCUUAGAAAAGAAGUACGAGGAUAAGACAGGACUUCCAAGCCCUGAAAGGAUCCAAACCCGCAAAAGGAUGAAGGCUGCUACUGGUUUUGGCAAAUCAUAAUUAGUACAGGCCAAUAUUGUAAUUUAUGAUUUUGUUUAUUAACACAAAUUUUGCAUCUUCUAGCGCUAUAGAUGAUUUUGCUUAAUUAUAAUUAGGCACCAUCAUGAAUCUGUAUUCAUAAUAUGAGAUUAAAUUUUACAGCACCAUUGUUGUUCUCAA